AGCCACUUGGGCACAGAACUUGCGUUUGGCCAUUGGUAUUAGGUUCUCUUAGUCAACCGUCGCUGCAGCAGAGAAAUAAACAUGGCGCUCAAGCUCCUGGCAUUGGCCUCAGUCAUUUGGGUUGGGAACGCAGAUGACCAACCAACGAGGCUACGGAUCACAAGCGCUUGUGAGACUGAGCCGAUGUGGAUAGCCCACGAAGCGGGGGCGGCUGUGGGACCUGACCCUCAGAACAUCAAGUUGGACCCUGGAAUGUCGCAUGACAUGAUUGUUACGGACAACUUGAAAGCCACCCGCUAUUGGCCGAAGUUCCGCUGCAGCAGCGCUGGAGACCAGUGUGCCAUCGGUGGUAGCGGAGGUCCGGACGAGACCUGUGACGAACAUAUUGGUUGCGCGCCUGCGAUUGACAGCAAGUUUGAAGCCACUUUUGGAGAGGCUGGACAGCCGUGUAACACAACCUACCCGCCUGGGGAGUAUACGGGAUGCGAUUGGCUUGAUAUCAGCAUGGUGGAUGGCUUUACCGUGCCCUUCAGACUGGUCAUCAAGGGCGAUUGCAAGGCUCGAGUUGUGCAGAAGACCAACGUGACACAGACAAUCAACUGCGCCCACAUCUCCACAGACAUGUGCCCCGACGCCGAGAAGUUGGGCCAGGCGGGCACAGUGUCCCUGAAGGCUGUUCAUCCAAAUACUGGUGAAGUCGUUGGCUGCUACGCCCCAUGCAGCAAGCUGACGUUCCAGAGCUGGAACAAUGCCAUAGCGAAGGAUCAUCAACCUCAAGACGCGCUCUGUAAGGACUACUGUUGCCCCACGCCUCCAGAGUCUCCAGAAGCUUGCCGCACUGGGCCUGUGAAAGACACAGCUUACGUGAAGACUGUGCAUCAGAUGUGUCCUGGAGUCUACGGCUAUUCCUACGACGACGGCGUCGGCCUGAUGACCUGCCCUGCUGGGACGGCCUACGAGAUGAUCUUCUACUGCCCGACGAGCCCUUCACCAAGCCCACCACCGCCGGGCCCUCCGUCGCCGCCGUCGCCUCCUCCGCCAGUGACCUGUUCGGUCGGAGACAGUGUGUCGUGCCCAGGAACUGGAGACACUAAGUGCGCGGGCGAUUCUUGCUGCCCCGAUGGGUCAAUUUGCCCAUCUGCGGACCCCGCUUACCACGGCUGCCCGCAGGCCAAGGAAAGAGAUUGUACUCAGCCUGGCAUGUUGGAGUAUAUCGUGUUUUGAUGAGAGCGCAAGGCGACCUGGGCGCUGAGAUUCUCCGCCGUGGCAAGCCGAUAUCGAGGUAGCCUUUUGUCAAGUACAGGCAGGCCGACGUGCCUCAUGAGCUUAUCACCGACACGACAUUACGCGGUCUGAGAGGUGCGUCGGUAUGGGAGAUGCGAAUCGGCCAUGACUUACCAGGCGAUGCUACAUCUAUCCCUGACCUCCGUCCUCCUGUGGGAGCUGGUUUCUGCUGCCAUCUAGUUCCAGUUGAAUGUCCUCGCUGAGGUAUCCGAUCGGUGCCUUGCAAUAUGGGUCAGUUCAAGUUAUUGUACAGCCAGGGAAAAGUCAUCGUCGUCACCACCAACAUGAUCAUCAACGUUUUUUCGCCUCCAUAAGAUGUGCUCGCACUGUCGUCGCUGGCCACGCACGGUCGGGCAGAUUGAGGGCAGGUGGACCCGAGCCGACAGGCGGGCGGACUCGAACUGGUCGGGCGGUCUCCGACGGGCGGGCGGAGCGGGCGGACCCCGACUGGCACCGACUGGCGGACAAAAGCGGGCGGGCGAGCGGUCAUUUGUGGAGGCGGGAUGGGCGGAUGGGCCCUCACCAGCGGGCCGGCGGACCUUACCAGGCAGGCCACACGGGCAGGGCCUUAUUUGAGCGCGAGCGGGCCUUCACCGAAGGGGCAGGCUGCCAGGAGGGCGGGCCGGCGGGUGGGAGGCAGGCGCAAGGGCAUGCCCUAAGGGGGCACGGGGGUGCACAGAGGCCCCGAGAUGAGCACGACACCCCAGAUAGUUCAGGGUGGAAGUUCCUUUUGGGAUCUGUUACCGAAGUACUCGCAGCCGCGGCGUCAUGCGCUUCUGGUUUGGAGUCGGACUUGGUGUUUCUCGGAUUCCCCCGCGGCGCGACCCACUGCUCUGAGAGAACUGCACCUACGGAUAAGCUAAACGGUGCUGCAUUGCAGAGCAAUGGCCUUGCAAUGUUUGUUUUGCGAUGCGGUGCCUUGCGUUGCGCCGCGUGUUCUUCUCCUGUCAGGCGAUACAUUGGAAUGCGUUGGCGUUCCGUGCAGAGCGGCGCACUGCAUGGUACUGCACUGUUGCACCGCCUGAUGCGCAUCACAAUCGAAAUGAGAAAGCAAGAAGU